GGAGAGGAGGAGGAGGAGGAGGAGGAGGGGUGUCGGGCAGCUGCGGCCGAUGCAAGAGGCUCCGGAGGACCUCAGGAGACCCCAGUGGGAAGAGAACCGGGGCGAAAGUGGUCGGCGUCUGCUUCUUUGCCUUCUAGCUGGCCCUCCGAGAGCAUCAUCGGAAUCUGGACGCUGGGACUUGCCUGCCGUCACUCAAAGUCUGGGAGCUUUAAAGAAGACGUGUGUUCCCUAUCUCUUUCUCUCUCUCUCUUUCUCCCUCUCUCCCUCUCUCUUUCUCUGCCUCCCCCCCUGCUCUGUCUCUCUCUCUAAAGCUUUGCCCGAAGCCCUCCUCCUUCUCCUUCUUACCAUCAUGCCAGCCGUGGUCUCCAAGAGCAUCCAUUGAGGUCUCCAGCAGAAGCAUCCGUCUUCUCCGUUCCUCCAUCCCUCGCUUGGCCCUUCCAAGUUGCCUCCAGUUGCUGACCCUUGGCCUCCGACGCCUUUAAGGACACAGGAACGGGGUUCCGAGACCCUCUCGCCCCCUAAGCUGGGAAUCAUGGUCACCUGUGGGCUCCAGGCCUGGGGCCGCUGAAGGGAUGGCAUCGCACCCUUCUGCUCUGCAGAUGGCAAGGCUGCAAAGCCAGAGUUUCUGAAUGGGAUUCAAUUUACUCUUUGCAAGAAGCAGGGCAGAAUUCUUCACCUCUUCCCCUCCUGGCUUAAAGGAAACCAGAAAGCAAUAAUUCAGAGCUGUCUUCAAGAGCCAAAAGGUUUAACCGGAGGAAACUGUGUGGGUGAGGGUUGUGGCGUGCUCUCUCUCUCUCUUUUUUCUUUAAAUCUCCUAAUUUUUUUGUUCCGUCGGAUGUAUCGGAUGCCUCGCCGCCAAUGCCCACGGUCGGUCGCUUGGUCUUGGAGAACAGGAAUGGGACUUGAGAACCUGGUUGGCCUCCCAGAGUGUUGCUGGAAGGACGAGCGAGAAAUCCACGUCGGAUAAAAGUGCGUCCCCCACCAGCUGCUGUGGGUGAAAUGGUGUGCAAUACUUCCGUGCUUCCAGCAACUCCCCGAUGCCCCCUCUGAAGGCUAAGCCUCCUCAUUUUUAAGGAGCUCCCUAAGAUCUCAACGAGACACCUCCAAAGCCUGGCCGGGCUGGGAUUGCUGCAUGAAACCCCUUAGCUGUACGGAUGGAAGUCGAACCGAGCUACCCAUGCCGAAGACUCCUGGUCAGCGGAGGUGGAGAAGACCCUGAGAAAGGAAUCGAGACCCGAGAUCUCCCAGGGAUUCUCCCCAAGAGCCGUGAUGAUGAACUAGCUGGAGGAGAUGCCCUCUCUGUCGGGAAGGAGAACGUGGCAUAGAGACUGGCAAGGAUCACUGGCAUCUCUCCGGAGAGCAGAGCACAAAUAACACACCUUCACCUUUUCUAAGCUCGUGGUCUGUGGCAUUCUCCCCCCCCCCAAAAAAAAAACAGGUCGGUGGACCGAUGGUGAUUCCGAACUUUGGCUACCUAGAUGGGCUGGUGGCCAAGUUGGAGGAGAAGCAUGUGUCUUGGAUUCAUCGUUCCCUCGAUCCCAUUCCCUUCUCUCUGGCUUCGUGGGCCCCUUCCAGUUACCCCAGAGAGAACAAAGGAUAGGAAGUGAGUGCCCUGCUGGGACUUUCUGGGCAGGGGGCAGCGUUAAGAUGUGGAGAUCUCCCCAACCAAGAGAGGCUCUGUGGAGGCACAAUCUGGUCGGGCAACAGCAGAAUGUCCCACGCAACUCUGCCCCAGCUCCCCGGCACCCUGUGAAGAAUGAACAACCGGGAUUCGCAGGAUAGGAAGCCCACUAACAACACAACCGACGGCCCCAACACCGGUGAGAAGGAGCGCAUCCGAGGGCGCAUGAAAAUGGUGAUUGGGCAGCUGGAAGGCAUUCUGCAAGAACUCAAGGAGGUGGCCAAGGAGCUUCGAGAUGUGGUCAGCCAGAUUGACAAGCUGACCGCAGACUUCGAGUUUGAGCUGGAGCCCGACGAUUGGACGACCACCACGGUGAGCAGCACCUCCAGCAGCGAGAAAGGUGGAGGCCUAUUUGACCUUGGGCACCUGGAUUUCAUGACCUCAGACAUCCUUUCUGACAGCUGGGAAUUCUGCUCCUUCCUCGAGGCCUCCACCCCUUCCGAUUCGGGAGAUGGUUCGGAGCAGCAACAGUCACAACCCCAACAGCCGCCGGGGCAUCAACCCGAUUACCAGCUGAUGAACGGCGGCGUGUUGCUCUACAACGGACCCCGGAUUGAAACCCCAGACUCUUCCAGCGAGGAAGCGUUCAGCUCCAUACCAAGUCACAAACCUCACCAUCAGAGGACGCCGGGCACCAGGGAGCGGGUGCGUUUUAGUGACAAAGUCCUCUACCAUGCUUUGUGCUGCGAUGAUGACGAUGAGGAGGCGGACAGCGGGCCCCUUCCGGACGACCCUCCGGAAGAGCCCAACGAGGCAACUCCGAAGGGGGCGUUAGUGGCCAAGACGGCAAUGCGCCGGUCCCCUCACCUUGGUAGCGGCCAACUGCGGAAGGUGACACGCAAUAGCAGCACUCAAACAGUGUCGGACAAAAGUACUCAGACUAUUCUCCCUUAUAUUUCGAACAAGCAGAAAAUCAAUCAGAAGAACUGA